AUUUGGAGCCCAUCAGGCCCAUCGUUUAGCGGCUUCACGCCGCACAGCGCACCGCCGCCGAGCCCCCGACGCCGAUGACGCUGCUGCACGCGCGCGGCAAGACCACCGCGGCGCAGCACGUGGCGGCGCGGCACCUCGACCACACGUUCGAGAAGCUCGUGGCCUCCAGCCUCCCGCUCGUGGCGGCGUCGCCGCUGCUCGAUGCGCUCCGGGCAUCGCCCGAGCCGCUCGCGCUCCCGGACCUCGCCCGCCGCCUCCCUCUCCGCCUCCACCGCCGCGGCCCGCUCCACUUCCUCCGCCUCUUCCCGCGCGUUUUCGACCUCCGCCCCCCUCUCCCGCUCUCCCUAUCGCUGACCGCGCCUGCCGCCUCACUCCUUGCCGUCGCAUCCUCUCCCGACGCCGCCGCGCGGACGCUCCACCGCCUCCUCGCCAUGUCCACAUCCCGCUCCGUUCCUCUCCGUGCCGUGUUCCGCGUCUGGCGCGAGCUCGCUCUACCCGACGACUUCGAGGACUCCGUCGUCGCGCAGCAUCCCCACCUCUUCCGCCUCGCCCCCAACCCCGCCGAGCCUAGAACCCACGUUCUACACCUCGUCGCAGAUCCGGCGAAGGAGGAGUUCACUCCGGCGGUGGAUAAGAAGCGGCCGGAGAAGUACGCUUUCCGGCUGCAGUUCCCGCCGGGGUUCAGGCUGGCCAAGGAGUAUCGGAAGAAGGUGAAGGAGUGGCAGCUGCUGCCAUAUGUUGGGCCGUACGAGGUAGUGGAUCAGAAGGUUGGCGCGAGCAAGAGAGUAUCGAAGAUGGCGAGGAGGAAGAUGGAGAAGAGGGCAGUCGGAAUAGCACACGAGUUUCUGAGCUUGACCGUGGAGAAGAUGGUAGAGGUGGAGAAGUUCAGCCAGUUCCGGAAGUGGUUUGGGAUCGACGUGAAUGUCAGGGACGUAUUCUUGGAUCACCCUGGGAUAUUUUACCUCUCGGCGAAGGGAAAGCGGCAUACAGUGUUCCUGCGGGAAGCAUAUGAUCGUGGCAAGCUUGUUGAGCCUAAUGAUGUUUCAGAGGCGCGAAGAAAGCUUGUUGAGCUCAUGCUCUUGCGUCGCCAUGGCCUUGGGAACGCCAAUUCAAAUGCCAAUAUGUCUUCAAGUGCCAAUGCUGAUGCCAAAGAGAGCGAUGACGAUUUACAGGAACUGGAGCUCUACUAGUGUGAUGUAUCUGUGAAGCUGCAGGACGGGACAACAAGGAGGUUGUGCAAUUCAUGGAUAUCCUGGUUUAGCGUAACCUGUUAAGCAGGUGUUAGCCCAACUUGGAUGGCAAAUAUGUUAGUGGUGCAGAUCCGUAUUGAUGAUGACGAUGGAUGUUUCUUCAGGGAUGGUAGUCAAUUGGCAUUAUAUGCUAGCCAGUAUACUCAAAACUCAGAUUACGUCUCCCUGAGCUAGGCAUGUCUGUAGGUCAAGAGUGAAGUUCAGUAGCACUUAGCUGAUCGGUAAUGUAUCUUUAUCCUGAUUGAAAAAGUUUUGAAAGCUCAUGUUGUGUCAAUUAAGUUUGAUAGGUCAAGACUCAAGACUGAAGCUCAGUAGCACCUUGAUUGGUAAUACAUCUUAAGUGAUGAGUUUUGUUUCA